AUGUGUCGCUCCCGGCACCGAACAGAUUGCCGGCCAACGACGCGAUCUCUUCCGGCGUCAGGUUGUAUUUUGGCGCCUCAUCGAACAGUUUCCUGGCGUAGCACUGCGGCUGCUUGGGGUUGUUGGCUGCUUCUUCGGCCAGAGCGUAGAAAAAGCUGCGGCCGCGGCUGCGGGCUCCUAGGCCGUGUUUCCAGGGGGCGAUCUUGUUUGGGAAUUUGGCGAGAACUGUACAGUCAGAGACAGACAAAACAAAAAGAGAGCGCUGGAUUGGUGAUAGGUGCACUCACUUGGAAACGUCUCCAUCAGCAUAGGAAACUUCUUCCCCGGCACAUUCAAAUCCGCAGCCCGCUGCAUAACAGCAAUGACCUCGGUGAUGAUAGGAUCGGUAUAACUAGCGAUGCGGCGACCAAACCCAAUGAUCGAGACGACGCUGGCGGCGUAGCGCUCAAAGUGCUUGACAUACUCCUCCGGCGAAGACAGCAAGUUGUACGCAACGACCUUGCUCUCGUCGUUCUGAAAACCGCGGUAGCUGCGCACCUGCUGCAGGCCGACGCCCAUGUGCGUCAGCUUGCGGUGCAGCCUCCACCGCUCGCCGUAGUACAUGGUGACCAGGUUCGUCUGGCCGGUGCCCAGCUCGCCGAAGACGACCAUCCUUGGGCGCGACGCGUAGAUGCCCGCGCGCUUGUCGAGUAG